AUGUACGUACCUAAAUUCUAUUAUGAUGUUGGAUUUGUUGUAGUAGCACCACCAUCAGGGAAGCAUUUAGCAGAUAAGUAUCUCAGAUAUUUAGGUUUAAGUAAGAGUGUCACUGUUUUAAAUUUUAAUCCUGAAAAAGAACAAGUUUUUGUUGAGAGAUUAUUAGUUGUUACUUCACUCCAUUAUGGAAAUGGAUAUUGCGUAGGCGGACUGCAAAGACUAAGGCAGUUAUUCUAUAAACGAUUUAAUGUCAGAGGAAUUACUCCACAUACAUUUUCUAUUAUUAACAGACCUGACAAAAAACGAAGAAUUAAUAAUAUUGAAGAACUUUAUAAUAACUUAACUUUGCAUGUGCCUACUGAUCCUGGAGAAAAAUGGACUAUAGAACCAAUGAACCCUGAUGAUUUUGCUGAUACUGUGAAAAGAUGGACAAGAAUUAAAUGCUUAGUUGCUCCAGGAGGUUCAUUUUUAUUUAAUGCUAUCGUCAUGCAGCCUCGCACUGGAAUAUUAGUAAUGCUAGGUGAUAUGAGAGAUCUUCCUAAUGUCAAUCUCUGUUCUUCACGGAAUAUUUCUGUUGUUCAAGUUACCCAUAGAUACAUGGGCCACGAUAAUUUUGACCCAACUAUUAAGUGCAAUGUUACACUGAUGGUUUCUGGCUGUAAAGCUCUUUUACAAGUAAUUAGGACCGGCGUAUCUAAUGUUCCUGAAUUCGUUCCUUUUCAAUUUAAACGAUAUCCUGACAUAUUAAAGAAAGAAUUGAUGUUCCUUAAUGGAUCUGGACGACCAAUACUGGAUGAGCCACUGAAUUUCGCAUGA